AUGAGCUCAUGUCUCUAUGAAUGCCUUUGUGAGGCAGAACUUGACAAAUAUUAUCCCAAUUUCACCGCCCUUGGCUUCCAGAAGAUUGACGAACUUGCCAAGGUCUCCAUAAAAGAUUAUGCCAAACUGGGGGUGCAUAACAUGAAGGACCGCAAGCACCUCUUUCAGCUCGUUAAAAUAAUCAAAGUCUUGCAGAUGGAAGAGGAAGCGGCGGAAAAAAACAAGCAGCUGUUUCAGAUGGGCGCCGUAUGCCUCCAACCUCAGGUUACCCGACCUGGCCCUCGUAGGCAACUGCACUUUGAUUUCGUCUCCGACAAAAGAGAUGGAGAAGACCCGGAAACUGGGUUGUGUGCACUGUCCAGUUGCUUUGCAAAGAAAGAUAAAGAUGGCUUAGCCAUGGUGCUGGGGCAUGACUCGGAGUACAAAAGACCCCAGAAGGACAUUACGAAUGCGCCCCCCACUUGGACAGAAUGCAAGCUAGACUUUCCAACUAUGAGUUUGUCUAACGAUAUUGCCCCUCUGUUAGGGGAUACCGAAGCCCCCAUUGUACAAAGAGUCGCUCAUAUUUCUGGCUAUAACUACGGAGUGCCGCAUUCUUGUGUCAGGCCUAAUACCUCUGAGAAAGAAAUGCCCUGGACUGAGACAGACAAGAUCCGGGUGUGCGUGAGAAAACGUCCACUGGGCUUAAGGGAGGAACGGCGCGGAGAAGUGAACAUCAUUACAGUGGAAGAUAAAGAAACUCUCCUGCUUCAUGAGAAAAAGGAGGCAGUUGACCUCACCCAGUACAUUUUGCAGCAUGUGUUCUACUUUGACGAGGUCUUUGGGGAGGUGUGUUCCAAUCAGGAUGUGUACAUGAAGACGGCUCAUCCUCUCAUUCAGCACAUUUUCAACGGCGGCAACGCCACUUGCUUCGCUUAUGGACAGACGGGGGCAGGCAAGACCUACACGAUGAUUGGCACGCACCAAAACCCAGGGCUCUAUGCCCUGGCGGCUAAAGAUAUCUUCCGGCACUUAGAAACAUCCCAGUCUGGAAAAGACCUUCAUGUCUGGAUUAGCUUUUAUGAGAUCUACUGUGGGCAGCUUUACGACCUGCUAAAUGGAAGGAAGAGGCUUUUUGCCAGGGAAGACGGUAAACAUGUCGUACAAAUAGUUGGGCUGCGGGAGGUCCACGUGGAUACAGUCAACCUGCUUCUGGAGGUGAUCUUGAAAGGAGGGAAAGAGCGCAGCACAGGGGCCACCGGAGUCAAUUCAGAUUCCUCUCGUUCACAUGCCAUUAUCCAGAUCCAGAUUAAAGACGUGGCAAACCGAGUGUUUGGGAGGAUAUCGUUUAUCGAUCUGGCGGGCAGCGAGAGAGCAGCUGAUGCCAGAGACUCUGAUAGACAGACAAAAAUGGAAGGAGCCGAAAUAAAUCAAAGUCUUCUGGCUCUUAAGGAAUGCAUCCGCGCCCUGGAUCAGGAACACGCUCACACACCCUUCAGGCAAAGCAAGUUGACUCAGGUCUUAAAGGAUUCUUUCAUUGGCAACUCCAAGACAUGCAUGAUCGCUAACGUCUCGCCCAGUCACGUUGCUACGGAGCACACCCUAAACACAUUGCGCUACGCCGACAGGGUGAAAGAGCUGAAGAAGGGGAUGAGAUGUUGUGUCCCUGUCGUGAAUAGGCGCCGGACAACAGGAAGCAUGUCUCCAAAGCGCAUCCAGAGUUCCCUGUGUGCGCAAGCUGGGGAAAGGUCCUCGCCGAAAAAGGUGAAACUGGGCUUGCCAUCUCCUUUGGUGGCCCCAGCCUCUGCCAGGAUGAAGACUUCUCCUACACCGUACCACCCGACGAACUCCCCUUUCUCUUCUACCCCAAAAGGAAGGGCCCGCAAAGGGCAUCCUGGUGUUGCUUGGCUCGGCCACACCAGCCCACUGAAAGGCGCUUCAGGGGCGGGCCUUCCAGCCAAGAAGACGACCAAGGACCUCGUUCCACUUUUGGAGGACGGCCACCUCGGGCAGGACCGGGUAGGUCAGGUGGCUUCCUCCCCAAAAACCACGAAGGAAGGCAGCCAAGGAGACAGGCAGCGGGUCAGGAGCCAGAAAAUCCAACCAGUGCACAAGCAGCUGAUCUCCAGAGCCGAUUUCUCCUUGGAGGACGCCCACUGUCCGGCAGCCCGUGUUCUGACCAGCAGGCGGGUGUUUGCCGAACAGUGCGCUGCAGCGUGGACGAGCUUCCCACCGCAGCAGAAGGACCGUGAGCAGCACCUCCGCCUUUACCAUCAGCAGUUCCAGCAGCUGCCCAUUCUGCAGGAGAAGCUGAGCUACCAGCCGCUGGAGAGGUUUCUGGGCCAGUACGGGCCACAGGAGGUCCGGGUUCGGCCUGAGCCCCCCGACCAGCCUCUUGCUUCCCCCCAAGGCCGAGACGAGACCAUGCAGCUCGAGGACCUGGAUGACAGCGAUUUCAGCGAGGACUCCUUCUCACCCGGGCCCAGCCGGAGGAAGCCCAAGGCCGAAGUGGGCGGGGAAGGCAACCAGCAUUCAUUUUUCCUCCAUCACCGAGAGUGCGGGACUGACGGGCGUGAAAUCCAGCUCGGGCAGGAGCUGUUUUUUGAACUGCCAGAGCUCGAGAGUAAAGAGGUGUCCUUGCCGAGGGCAGAGGAGGCUGUUAGCAGCGAGGAAAGCAUUAAGAGCCAGUCCGACUGGAGCACAGAAGAAGCCUCAAUGCUCGAUUCUCCUCUACAGAAUGACACGCCGGAGAAACCUUACUGCUUGCAAGAAGACAGUGUUGAGGGCGACAGAAGCGGCGCAAAAAACCCUCUUGCUGGGCGAAACCUGCUCCAUGGUCUCAAUCUAGAUCUAGGAUGCCCUGGGGAAAGCUUCUCUGGUUCAGAGAAGGCAACUCAGAUCUUGCCUUUUACCCACACGCUGGGAUCCGCAAGAUGUAUCGCCCGUGGCCGGGGGGAAGACUCUUUCAAAGGCUGUUCAGGAAAUUUAGAAAAGGAGCUCCAAAAAGUCUGUGACCUCUCUGGAUCUCCGGCGUUUUCAUUGGGCCUUGUUGCAGGAACGAGGACUCCGCUGACCGUGUCGCUCCUUGAUGCUGAGAGAGCAGAUGCUGCAGAGGAAGAUGCUCCAGACCAGCAGUCAGGAAAGACUCAACGUGAGGAGGGGAGAGAGGGGACAGACUCCUUGAGCCCCAAAGCCCAAGUGGAAGAGGAUCCUGGGCUGUUCCUUGGGAAUAAAGCUGCUCCUCCAGCCCCCAUGUGUGAAACAGAUCCCUGGAGGAUACGAGCUGUCCAGACUCUUUCUCCGCAAGCCAAGCCACAGCAGCUUUCACAGUCUUAUCGCAGUCCAAAGCUUCCUUCUGCCUUGGGAGAUGCGUCACCCUUGGGCGAGCUCCGGGGCUGUUUUUGCGGCUUCUCUGCUGGAGACGCAGGCCUGGCAGGGAUCCUCUCCCCACGGAAAGGGAAGGAGGUCCCUUUGCUUCAUGGCAAUCUACAUGUCGGUGAGGUUGCCGGCGGCAUGGAAGCCACCGCAAUUGCCUCAUUCAGCAGCCCAGGGCAAUUCCACUUGGGUGGGAAAGAUGGCUCCGAGCCUAUGACGCCGCUGAAGCACAUUGACCCUCUAGAGAAGGUGUUUGUCUCAAGGGCAUCGGAGAACCAGGAACCCUCCGGAGAAGGCCUCCCGCCACAGCCCAGCUUGGAAGUUCUGAAACUGGCGCUUGGCUGUUCACAAGAGCAGUUCAAGCUGACGUUUAGCGGUGAGGAAACGGGGCUCUUUAAGGACAAAAGCGCUUUGAAAGUGUUCGCUCAGAAAUCUUCUGAUGCAGCCGAACAGGAUUCAGGGACGAACGUUGGCUCUCCCCAGAGCUCCCCGAAUGACGCUUCCGAAAGCUCACUCUGGUGUAAGGAAGUGUUGGGAAGGCAAGUUGUGAUCCAGAUCCGUCAGGAACAGCUGGAUGAAAUGGCAGCCCUGUCUCUGCAGGAAGAGGGCUUGAUCAGGCAGAUGGCAGACCUGGAUCUUGAAAACUUUGUGAUGAGACUAGAUGAGAUCUUGUUGCUGAAACUGAAGUGCAUCCAACGAACAAGAACUCGGCUUGAGCCCUUUUUAGCUACAUGGCAAAAAAUGUCCCCAGCUUAG